GAGCUGUGGUAGUAGGUGAGGAGCGCGCACCCUCCGUGCUGCGUUUAAACGUGAAACAGUUUAAAAGUCCGUCUACGGACCGGCGGAGUGAAGGCACCGACAGCAGCGGAGCCGCGGGCUGUCAGGACGUCCGUGCCCAGAAGAGUUUACCGUCUGCGGGCGCUGCCAGCGGAGUUUUCCCCCAGCGGACGAACACGGAGACGCUCCCUCCCUCAGAUCUUAAAGGAAGAUUUCCAUCAAACAAAAGAGCGGGAAGCUGCAGAUCCAGCAGCAGGAAAAUUCCUAGAUGAAGGUCCACAGGAGGUGGACCUCCUCCCCCCAGACCGGAGCAGACCUGCAGACUGAUGACUCCUCGCGGGUGUGUGUGUGCGUUCACAUCUGGAGACAUUAGCACAAGAGAAACUGCACCUGCUUCCUGUGUGGGAGGAGUCAAGGUGACCUGCUGAGAAAUGUGAAGCUGCAGGAUCAGGGGAGCUGUCACUCAAACCAGAACCACGCCCCCCAGUACCACCACUGGCCAGUCAGCACACAGUUUGGAGGACCAUCAUGCACCUGAAGUCGUACCCAAAACUCGUGCGCUCAGAGCUGCGUCUCGAUGGCUCCGGUGUUCAGACGAUGACGCAGCGGAGCAGUCUGUUUGUGAGCCAGCAGGGGGGGCUGCUAAGGACCUACACUGGUAACCAUGGCAACAUCAGCAGCAGCAGCCGCCUUCCCUUCAGCGUAAUCUCCACCAACACCAUCAGCAACAGCGUGACAUCGCUCCGUCUGAAAGCGCCAUCCAGUGUCACCCUGCAGCACCUCCAACCGCUGCCACCAGACUGCGAGAACAACACGCCCAAACUGUACCAGACCACUGCAGAGGACGCAGACACACCGCUGGAUGUCUGGACCGUCAUUAAGCCGGGACAUGUCCGUGAGAAGAUCGCCAUCUUUGUUUCAGAGAGGGACCGGGAACCUGGAGCCGGAAGCAGCGAAUGUACCUCAGACAGUGGGGACAGAGCACCGGUGGCAUGCAUCAACUACAGUGUCAUGACGGGACUGUCACGAGCUGUGAAGGCGAAAGGGAGCUGGGAGGAAAACUGUACAGCCAAACGGCGCCGACGGUCUGGAAACAACCAAAACCUCCAGCAAGAACAGAGGAGCCGUGACCUCAAACUUUCUACAUGGCGCCCAGACUCCACUCAGCGGCGUGGCAGCGAGGUGGUGACAGCAGAAGAGACGGAGCCGAAGGUGUCAGUGGUAGAGAUGGUGGCGUUCCUAGAGCAGAGAGCGAGCGAGCAGCACCUUGACUCCAAACCUGUACUCGCUCUCCAGAGGAGUUCCACCACCAUUACACUGUCCAGACCUCCACCUCCUGAGCUCAGGGAUGGCUCAGAGCUCAGGGGGGAGGAGCCAGAGAGCAUCCGGGUGUCAGACAUGGUAGCAAGGCUGGAAUCAGAGUGUCUGAGGCGGCGUGCAGAGGGCGAUCUUUCGAGGAGCAACAGCCUGCGGAGGACGGUGGGGCGAGUGCUGCUCGCUGCCGCUGCAGAGCAAAGCUCUACCCCCAGUCAGCCUGCGUCACCAUCAUCAUCAUCAUCAUCAUCCCCGACAUCACCAUUGGCACCGUCACCGUCGUCAAGACCGCAGCGUCCAAGCAGGGUACCGCCUGCCUCGAUUCUGAGCACACCCACCUCUUCAGCUGUAACCACACCCCCUUCAGGUGAGCUCGUCAAAUCAGAGAAGGCCAUAAGUGCUGAGAGAACAGACUGUGUAGCAGCAGAGACUCAGGUUAAGGCCCCACCCCCUAAGUCUGAGGAUGCAGAGCCACUGCCUGGCUUAUUGUUUUUGUCUCCACCUCCUGAAAACCAUAUAGACUCUGCCCCCUCACCCACAGACUCAAAGCCCCGCCCUCUUCAUCACAGAGCCACCUUUGUGUUGCAGCCUGUUUACUCCUCCCCCUGUAGCUCUGAUGGCCAAUCAGAGAAGAUGAGUAGGAGGAGGAAAGGAGCUGAGAGUGUGGCUUCCAGCCCCACCACAGCGCCAGUGGUGCGGCGUGCAUCAGCAUCACAGGACUUCCUGGAGAAGCGUCAGCGGCUGCAGCAGCUGCUCGAGCCACAGCCGUACCUGACAGCGCUGCCACAUCACCUGCUUGUCAAGAUCUUCCUGCUGCUGCCGACACAGAGCCUCGCCGCGCUCAAGUGCUCCUGCAGCUACUUCAAGUUCAUCAUCGAGAACUACGGCGUGCGGCCCGCCGACUCGCUCUGGGUGUCUGACCCCCGUUAUCGCGACGACCCCUGUAAGCAGUGCAAGAAGCGUUACAGGCGCGGCGAUGUGUCGCUGUGCCGCUGGCACCACAAGCCAUACUGCCAGGCACUGCCAUACGGCCCUGGGUACUGGAUGUGUUGCCAUGGCGCCCGCAGGGACACGCCAGGCUGCAACGUGGGUCUCCACGACAACCGCUGGGUGCCAGCGUUCCACAGCAUCAAUGUGCCCAUCUACCGCAGGGGUAACCAUGAUGACUGAUUGUGUGUGACGUUGGGCCGCAGCAGCUAUUUGUGUGUCAUGUCAACAGCAUCCAAUCAGAAAGCUCCAUCAGAGUAAACAUCAGUGUGAGCGGCUUUUCACACAGGAGGCCACGCCCACAAAUUGCCAGUUUCUUCUCAGAGAGAACCGAGCAGCGGUGUGAAACUGAAAUGAGGUCACGCCAGGUGAGCUGCAGCUGGAUGAUAGGUUAAAGGUCAGGGUGGGCGGGGUUUGUCGGCGGUGAUAUUUUUAUGGUGGGUCCUCCCGUGUGAAAAGUCGUCACUGGUGAUCCACUCACUGCAGAGACGUGGGCGUGGAAGCAAGGACCCAGGUGUGCAGCUGCUGCCGUGUGACCUCACGCUAACAUUUUGUGACUGUAUAUUUCAAACAGCUGCUGCAGCCGCUCACGCGGCUCCCAUGAUGCAACGGCAGGUCCGUGCUCCUUCAGACGCUGUGAAUGAUUUUGAUUAUUGAUUACUGAUUGAUCGGACGUGACUAGACAGAUUCAAGCUGCGUCUGAUGGAGCGCCAGGCCUCCCGGUGCCCCCUGCUGCUCCACCCACACAUAGCCACCACAUUUUGAUCUGCAGAUCAAUAUCACUUAUUGACCACUGAUCAGCUGCUGGAUUGGAGGAGGAGGAGUCUCAGCCAGGACUCUUCCUCUCUGGCUGGUUUCUGAUCAUCAUAUUGAUGAGGCUGAGGUAUUGCUCAUAUUUAUUCAAAUUCAAACUUUAUUCAUUCAGCUGGCUUUAGGAACAGGAGUGAGUCAGCUGACUGCCAGCUUUUGAUGUCACUUCUGUAAUUGGAGCCGAUUUGAGCGUCUCAUAGGGAUUGAUUGAUGAUUGAGCAAAUGUGGCGUUUGAAGCAUCGGUCAGUGAAAAUCCUGAACUUCAUUGAACACGAACACCAAUGAAAAUGUAAAAAAAAAAAAACUAAACUAACUUUCUAAACUUAAACUUUUAAUGUGAAAACAGAAAAUAAAACUGCUUCCUGUUUUAGGGGUGAUUUGUGACCUCUGACCUGAUUAUGAGACUGUACAUUUAGCUCCUCCUCUGUGACGGCAUUCGAGGAGGAGUCGUCUGUGUGACCACCGGUGGCUGAACAGGGUGGGACACCAUGACAAGACAGGAAGGGGCGGGUCUAACUGAUUAGCAACAGCUGAACUGUCAAAUUAAGGGGACACGGGGUUCUGAAAGUAAACUGGUGCAGAAAACUAAGAUAUGAAAAUGAGUCCGCAGUGAUCCAUCCGCACGGCACCUGAUUGGUAGGAGCAGAGCAGGCGGUCAUGACGUGUUCCACCUCCUCAUCCUGUUUCCUGUUGCUGUAAAAUAUUUAAAAACAGAUGAAACUUUAUUAGUCGCCCUGCUUUAAUCAGAUGUUUGCAACCGUGAAGUCCGCGUCAGCACCAAUCAGGAGGGCCAGACUCGCCCCAUCACAGCCGUUCCUGCCAGAGCCUGAAAACAGCCGCACAGUAAACGUCCCUCUGAGACGAUGCGUUAUUUUUAAAGAGACAUUAUGAGUUUGUGUUUUAUCACAAUAGAAGAGGCGGCAGCCAGUUUAUCGAUAGAUCGCACCAACUGCUGGAGCAGCUGGUUGAUUAGUAAUCAUUGCGGGCGUGUCAUUUCUCAAUCAGAUAUUUUGUUUAAAGUUGAUUUCUUGGAAUUUCAUUUUUCAGAAGUUUAAUUCGAACCCUGCUUCUGUUAUCGAUCAGCUGAUUGGAGCUGAUUAGGUUAUUGAUCAAGAAAAGCUUCAGCCUUUUUUUUUUUUUUUAAUUUAAAUACACACUUUGAUUCUGAGCUGCAGAUGUUCCUGCUGAUCACAUGAGGAGGUUGAGGUGAGUGGCGAGUGGGUGGAGCUUCAGGGGUCGCCGACCUUUCUGUGCACCUUGUUUACAUUUGAACGUGCAGCCUUUUUGUUUCUUGUGCGAUCAGCUGAUUGAUAAUCAUUGAUAAUCUGAUGAAAGAAUCGUGGCCUUGAGUUGAUCAGAAACUGAGAUGAUUGGAGCGAGUUUUUAAUGUGUUUGUUUGUGUGUGCUGUUUUUCUGUGUUUUGCUUUAAU